CCUCUCCCUCCCCCCCAGUGGGGCGCUGCCGGUCCAGCUGCUGCUGCUGCCGGGCUCGGGCCGGGCCGGACGCUGCGAUCGCCCUAGGAGUGCCCCGGAGCCGGUCCGCCCUCCCUGCCCCCCGGGGCCCCCUCCCUCUCGGGCUCCUCCCCUGGGGCCCCCCUCCCGCGGGCCCCCGCACCUGCGAUGAGCCCAUGGCCUCGUCGCGGACGCCCGGCCCGACGCGGUCCGCGGAGCCCAGCCACGAGGAGGAGGAGGGGCCGGCGGCGGCGGGGCCAGGGGCCGGCGGGGCUCGGGACGGCGAUGGCGACCGCUCCCUGCAGCAGAUGCUGCGGGCCAUCGCCGAGGAACGGAGGCGCCUCGGCCUCCGCCAGGAGAUCAGCGGCCUCGGGUGCUUCAAGGAUGACCGGAUCGUCUUUUGGACCUGGAUGUUCUCCACGUACUUCAUGGAGAAGUGGGCCCCGAGGCAGGACGACAUGCUGUUCUAUGUGCGCCGCAAGCUCUCCUUCGUGGGCAGCAGCGACAGCCCCAGUGACGACGGGAAGAAGCAGGUAGAUGUGGAAGUUUACCGGCGGGAUUCCAAGAAGCUGCCCGGCCUCGGGGACCCCGACAUCGACUGGGAGGAGAGCGUCUGCCUGAACCUCAUCCUGCAGAAGCUGGACUACAUGGUGACGUGCGCCGUGUGCACCCGCUCGGACACAGGGGACAUUCACAUCCACAAGAAGAAGUCCCAGCAAGUGUUCGCCUCUCCCAGCAAGCACCCCAUGGACAGCAAGGGGGAGGAGUCCAAGAUCAGCUACCCCAACAUCUUCUUCAUGAUUGACAACUUUGAGGAGGUGUUCUGUGACAUGUUCGUGGGAGAAGGCGAGAUGGUCUGCGUGGAGCUGGUGGCCAGUGACAAGGCCAACACCUUCCAGGGCGUCAUCUUUCAAGGCUCCAUCCGAUACGAGGCCCUCAAAAAAGUCUACGACAACCGGGUGAGCGUGGCGGCCAAGAUGGCGCAGCGGAUGUCUUUUGGCUUCUACAAGUACAACAACAUGGAGUUCGUGCGGAUGAAGGGGCCUCAGGGGAAGGGGCACGCGGAGAUGGCGGUCAGCCGAGUUUCCACGGGCGACACGUCCCCCUACGGGACCGAGGAAGACUCCAACCCAGCCUCCCCCAUGCACGAGAGAGUAAGGGUGCUGGGGGCACAGGUGACCUCCUUCAGCACUCCUCCAACGCCGGAGCGCAACAACCGGCCGGCCUUCUUCUCCCCGUCCCUCAAGCGGAAAGUGCCCCGGAAUCGGAUUGCGGAAAUGAAGAAGUCCCAUUCCGCCAAUGACAGCGAGGAAUUCUUCCGGGACGAUGAUAACGAAGCAGACCUGCACAACACCACCAAUUUACGGUCGAGGUCCCUGUCGGGAACGGGGCGGUCGCUUGUCGGAUCGUGGCUCAAACUAAACCGGGCCGAUGGGAACUUUCUCCUCUAUGCACACUUAACCUACGUCACGUUGCCCCUGCACCGGAUUCUAACAGACAUCCUGGAAGUUCGGCAGAAACCCAUUCUGAUGACGUAGCAGCGCGCCCCGGAGAGCCAGCACUGCCCUGGCUGCCGCUGCCAAGUGCAAGUGCCUGUCUGCCGUGGUUCUCCGCGACACCCGCCGCCACCGCCCGGAGUCCAGAGUCCCGCGCCUGCCCCUGCCUGGCCGGGCUCGCCCGAGGGAAGCCUCUCAGAACACCAGCCGCCCCCACUGAAGUGCCUCUUUCUCCUCCCACGCCGCCCGGCCCCCCGUGCCUGCGCCGCAGACGCCCCGACGAGGACGUGGGUCCGGAGGAGGCCGGCGAGCGGACCGUCCUCACGCUAGCACGGAGUUGGCUUUACAACAGAUGAGAACCAGCCGACUUUGCCGGGGGCUGUUUGAACCCAGCAAGGGGAGGGUCUCAUGGCGACGCUUGCGUCCUGGCCGGCCCCUCUUCUGGUGACUGAUGACUCCGCAGGGGCCAAGGGAGGAGUGGACCCGGGACUCUUGGCCAGGCUGAGGGCAGUCCUUUAAGUGCUCUGGGGGAAGGGGGUUUCCCGCACAGCCGGCCCCCUCCCACUUCCAGCCAAAGAAUACCCACCACCCAUCUGGAGAAAGGCCACUCCGGGCACGGGCUAUGAGAGGGGCGGCUGGACGCCUGGCGGGACCCUCCCAGACCCUCGCGAGAGCCUGGGCCGCUCCAUGCAGGGGCGGUGCCCUUGGGGGCUGGGGCGGCUUCUCGUUCCUCUGACUGUACUUUAGUCCCGUUUUUCAGUCCGACACACUGAGGAGCGACGGGAGUUGGCGAAGGUGGCCGGGGGGUGGGGGGAGGGCGUCAGUAUAUCCUGAUGGAGGAAGGAAACUUUGAAGGGAGGCGUGAAUGUCUAUUUCCAUUUUCCCUCCCCCUUGGCGGGCAAGUUCCCAUUCUCCCGCUCACGAGGGGCCCGUUUGGUGGUCCUGGCGAGGACGGGGGUUGUCCAGGUCCGUCUGGAAUAAACCUGCUGACCUGC